AUGGAGGAGGAGGGCAAGAAAGGCAAGAAGCCUGGAAUAGUGUCUCCUUUCAAGAGAGUCUUCCUGAAGGGGGAGAAAGGGAGGGAUAAAAAAGCCCAGGAGAAGGUGACGGAGCGGCGGCCGCUGCACACGGUGGUGGUGUCCCUGCCUGACCGCGUGGAGCCUGACGUGCUGCUCAAUGACUACAUCGAGAAGGAGGUCAAGUAUUUAGGUCAGCUCACAUCCAUCCCAGGGUACCUGAACCCCUCCAGCCGCACCGAAAUCCUGCAUUUGAUUGAUAAUGCCAAGAGAGCACACCAGCUCCCAGGGCAGCUGACCCAAGAGCAUGAUGCUGUCAUCAGUCUCUCUGCCUACAACAUCAAGCUGGUGUGGAGGGAUGGAGAAGAUCUCAUCCUCAGGGUCCCCAUCCACGACAUUGCCUCCGUUUCCUACAUCCGAGAUGAUUCCUCUCAUUUGGUUGUGCUGAAAACAGCUCAGGAUCCUGGGGUCUCCCCCAGCCAGAGCCUCUGUGCCGAGAGCUCCAAGGCGCUGUCGUCCGGCUCGCUGUCCGAGAGCGGGGUGGUUCCUCUGGAAGCUUGCUGCUUGGUGGUGCUGGCCACAGAGAACAAAGACUACGUGUCCAGUGUAGGCAGAAGUAUACCGGAAACCCCAACCAACAGAAACCCAUACCGGCAACGCAUCCCAGAGGCACCCCCCAGGUACACACUGUUCGGGGCUAACCGGCAAAAAGCCCCGGCAGGUCCUUUGGCUGUCCAUACCACCGCCGUACGCAUGGGCCAACGGGAGUUUUGUGUGGUGGGACGUCCCACCGCAUACCCCUGCAUCCCCCACCCCAAAUCCCACCUUUUCCCAUCUUCCUACCCCACAUCCCUGCAUCUCCCCGCCCUCAAAUCCCACAUUUCCCCCCCCAUUCCCACAUUUUCUCCCUCCCCCCGCGCCUCACCUGCCUCCUUUCCCUCCGGCAUUCCCGGUUGCUGUUCCGCGCCGCCCCCCCCGUGGCUCCGCAGCGCGGAUUCCCCGGACAUGGCCGCGGCUCGGGGCGGGGGGUCCGGGGAGUCCCCGCUGCCAGCCCCCGGCCCCUGCGCCUCGGGCUGGGCGCGGGCGGCUGCGCCGGGAGCGGCGGAGCAGCGGCUGGGCAGGGCUGGGCGGGGGCAGCGCGGCUGA